UUAUUUGUUCAGGUAACAUCUAAAGGAACUGGUUUAAAUCCUAAUGCUAAAGUAUGGCAAGAAAUUCCCUCUGGAAAUACUGAUGCCACUCCAGUAACUCAUGGAACGGAAAGCUCUUGGCAUGAAACAGCAGCCACCUCAGGAUCUUAUCCUGAGGGCAAUUCAGAGCUUUCAGAUGAUAUGUGUAAGGAAUAUGAAGUAAUGUAUUCUUCAUCUUGUGAGACCUCAAGAAGUACUGCAGGCAUUGAAGAAUCAACUGAUGGAAUGAUUUUAGGACCAGAAGAUCUGAAUUACCAAAUAUAUGAUGUUUCUGGAGAAAACAAUUCAGCAAUUCCUACAGAAGACCUAAAAGAAUGUCUGAAGAAACAAUUAGAAUUCUGUUUUUCACGAGAAAAUUUGUCAAAGGAUCUUUACUUGAUAUCUCAAAUGGACAGUGAUCAGUUCAUCCCAAUUUGGACAGUUGCCAAUAUGGAAGAAAUAAAAAAACUGACCACAGACCCUGAUCUAAUUCUUGAAGUGUUAAGAUCUUCCCCCAUGGUUCAAGUUGAUGAGAAGGGUGAGAAAGUGAGGCCAAGUCAUAAACGUUGCAUUGUUAUUCUUAGAGAAAUUCCUGAAACAACACCAAUAGAGGAAGUGAAAGCUUUGUUCAAAAAUGAAAACUGCCCUAAAGUGAUAAGCUGUGAGUUUGCACACAAUAGCAACUGGUAUGUCACUUUUCAGUCAGACACAGAUGCGCAGCAGGCUUUUAGAUAUUUAAGAGAAGAAGUGAAAACAUUUCAGGGCAAGCCAAUCAUGGCAAGGAUAAAAGCCAUCAAUACAUUUUUUGCUAAGAAUGGUUAUCGAUUAAUGGAUUCCAGUGUGUAUAGUCAGCCCAUUCAAACUCAAGCACAGUAUGCCUCACCAGUCUUUAUGCAGCCUGUAUAUAAUCCUCACCAACAAUACUCUGUCUAUAGUUUUGUGCCUCAGUCUUGGUCUCCAAAUCCUACACCUUACUUUGAAACACCACUGGCUCCCUUUCCCAAUGGUAGUUUUCUGAAUAGCUUUAAUACACCGGGAUCUUAUAAAACAAAUGCUGCUGCUAUGAAUAUGGGUCGACCAUUCCAAAAAAAUCGUAUGAAGCCUCAUUUUAGGUCAUCUAGUGGUUCAGAACACUCAGCAGAGGGCUCUGUAUCAUUGGGGGAUGGACCGUUAAAUAGAUCUAAUUCAAGGAACUUUCCACCUGAACGGCAUAACCCAACAGUAACAGGCCAUCAGGAACAAACUUACCUUCCGAAGGAGACUCCCACUUUGCAGAUGGAACAAAAUGGGGACUAUGGUAGGGGCAGGAGAACUCUUUUCAGAGGUAGAAGACGACGAGAAGAUGACAGGAUCCCGAGACCCCAUCCAUCAACACCUGAAGCAAAGGCUCCAACACCAAAGUUUGACCUUUUAGCCUCAAAUUUUCCUCCUUUACCGGGAAGUUCAUCAAGAACAUUGGGUGAACUCUCUUUAGACAGUAGGAUGUCUGAUGUUGUUAAAGGUGUAUACAAAGAAAAGGAUAAUGAAGAGUUGAGAGUUAGGUGCCCAGUGCCUGCAGAGGAUGAGCAGACAGACUACAGUUCUACCCCGCAGCUCAGUAUGAGUGCAAGUCCUCCAUCUGCAGCUGAGCUUCCUGCAGUAAGCACAACUCAACAAGAAAAGGAUAUAAUAGAGGAAUCUACUGUUACAAAAGAACUGCAAACAACCUCAGUGAAGGAGGAUCUCAGCCAGAUGACGACUUUACCAGUUUCUUCCCCAAGUAGUAGUAUAAAGCCUCCAAGGACAAAUACUGCUUCACCAAGUAAUAGUAAUAUAAAUGCAUCUGUAGCUGUGGCCCUACAGGAACCCCGAAAAUUAAGUUAUGCUGAAGUGUGCCAGAAGCCCCCUAAAGAGCCAUCUCCAGUUACUGUGCAGCCACUACGGGAACUUCGCUCCAAUGUAGUGUCUCCUGCCAAAAAUGAAGAGAAUGGAGCGUCUGAAAAGUCUGUCGAGAAACCACAUGAGAAGCCAGAAGCAAGGGCUAGUAAGGAUUAUUCUGGCUUUCGAGGCAAUACCAUUCCCAGGGGAGCAGCUGGAAAAAUCAGGGAACAGAGACGCCAGUUUGGCCAUAGGGCUAUACCUCAGGGAGUGACUCGACGUAAUGGCAAAGAGCAGUAUGUGCCACCCAGAUCACCAAAGUAAAACAAACAUACAAAAGAAAAAAAAAACUAUUUCAAAAACUUCACUCUCUUCCCAUUAAACUUGAGCCGUGGCUGUAUUGAACUGUUUUGGAGGGGAGGGAGUAGCCAGGAAGAGAACAGAGGAAAAGUCCUUAAAUCAUUAUGGAUUUUGGUGUUGUGAGCAGUAGAAUCCCAAAAUUCAUCUCUAAAGUGAUUUUAAAAUGCUGGAUGAUUCCAAUCAGUAUAAAUAUAUAUAUACACAUAUAUAUAUAUAUAUAUACAUAUAUAAAAAUAUAAUUUUUCUAUUUUUGUUUCUGAUUUUAAUUUGCGGAUAUUUUCUGCCUGGAAUCAAUUUUGAGGGUUCAGAUUUAGCUGGGGAAAAAAACAUAUUACACAUCCUUCAGUAUAGGAGAUGAGGGAGUGAGAGAAAAUAUUUUUUGAAGAAGCAUUUCUGUAAAAUUAGAAAUUACUUUUUUUAAUCUAUUUAAAGUUUGGCUAGGAAAAUGCCAUCUUUUGCCUGUAUGGCCUUGUGUUGCAAAGCAGAUCAUUGGCUGGGGUGCCUGUUGUGGGUGUGAAUGUGCAGGAGUGAGUGAAGCCAAAUCUGUUGUCAAGUUAGUAAAUGAUUUGAAAAC